AUGCACGUUCUCUCCAUCCUGCCCGCUCUGGGCUUUGCGUCUUUGGCUUCGGCCAAAUAUACCUUGCACGAAGAUUAUGGCACCAACAGCUCUUUCUUCGACAAGUUCGACUUCUUCACGGUACGUCGAUCGCAGACCUCGUUGGAAGGCUGGACUAAUUCAAACCAGGACUCCGAUCCCACCAACGGCUACGUGGACUAUGUCAGUCGCAAUGUUGCCGAGAGUAAGGGUCUGAUCAACGCCUCUACCAGCAAUGGCGUGUACAUUGGCGUGGAUCACUCCAACACCGCCAGCAAGCCCGGCCGUAAGAGUGUCCGCCUGGAAAGCACCAGUACAUACCAGCACGGCCUGGUGAUCCUCGACCUCGCCCACAUGCCCGGUAGCGUGUGCGGCACCUGGCCCGCCUUCUGGAUGCUGGGCUCGGACUGGCCCUCGCACGGCGAAAUCGACAUCAUCGAGGGCGUCAACGACCAAUCUGAGAACCAAAUGGCUCUCCACACCAGCGACGGAUGCACCGUCAAGAACACCGGCUUCAGCGGCAACCUCGACACCGACAACUGCUACGUGGAUGCGGAUGGCCAGUCGGCCAACGCCGGCUGCGCAAUCAUGAGCUCUGAUACCAAGUCCUACGGAAGCGGAUUCAACGACGCUGGCGGCGGUGUUUACGCAACUGAAUGGACGGGCGAUGCCAUCUCGGCCUGGUUUUUCCCCUCCAGCUCCAUUCCCAAGGACAUCACCGCCGGAUAUCCCGUCCCAAGCAGCUGGGGCACCCCCGCUGCCAAGUUCGCCGGCUCCUGCGACAUCGACAAGCACUUCAAGGACCUCCAGAUUGUCUUUGACAUCACUUUCUGCGGAGACUGGGCCGGUGAAGAAAGCGUCUGGUCUUCCUCCUCCUGCUCUAGCAAGGCAAGCACUUGCAACGACUACGUCCAGAACAACCCCUCCGCCUUCGAGGAUUCAUACUGGCGCCUCAACUCACUCAAGGUCUACCAGGAGUCCAAGUCCUCUGGUCUGGACCUUGAUGUUGACGUUGAUAUCGAUCUCGACCUUAGUCUCGGCAAUGGCAAGCGCACUGCGCCUUACCUGCGCCCUGGACCUCGCCCUAAGCACCACCGCGAACGCCGUCACGGCCACGGCCACGGCCACGGCCAUGCUUAG